UUUUUCAGCAUCUCGCUCACUCUAGAUCUCGCCACCCCGCUCGUUACUGAAGCUCCAUCUUCUGCCCUCCAUUCGUCCUCUACUAGCUCUGCCCACUCUACUGCGCUCGCGCUAAACAUCGCAAUUAUGCACGCUUCCACUAUCCUCUACAGUCUCGUUCUCCUCCAGGGCGCCAUGGCGUCUCCGAUUAGUGACUCGACCGUAGGUGUUGAGACUCGAGACAUCGAGCCUAGGGCUCCGGCUCUUGGGGACUUCCCCUUCCCGAAACUCCCCGCUGUUAAGCGCAAAGGUCAGGGGGGAGGCAGUGAUUGCCCGACACAGACAAACCUCUGCUCUUCAGGAACCCCAUAUUGCUGCACCACCGAUGGCAAUGGCGUUCAAUCCUGCUCGAACUCAGAGGUUUGCACCUCAAGGGUCAUUUGCUGCAACAAUAACGGCGGUUACCAAAUUUGCAUUGGUGAUAUCGACUUCAACAUGCCCGUCACCAUCAACAUCAACAUCAACAAGGGGAAUAUCAAGGGGGGAAAGUAA